GGGAUAACUUAAUAUCGAAUACAACAGAGCCUCGUAGUGCUAAUAUACCUCCUGAAAAUUUAAAUUCUCAGCAUUCUUUAAGUAAUAAUGUUGAAGAUGAAAGAGAAGCCCUGAUCCAUGGAAGUAAAACGUAUUCCGAAACACCAUUGCCCAAAAUGCCUUUAUUCGUGUUAGCAGUGGUUGUUUUCUCCGAACCUCUCAACUUUAGUUUUCUUUUACCAUUUGUAUAUUUCAUGGUACGUGAUUUUCACGUGGUCGACGAUGAAAAACAGAUUGGUAGAUACGCAGGUUUAAUAGCUUCUUCGUUUUAUCUUACUCAAUUUUGCUUUGCUAUUUUUUGGGGUUACAUGUCCGACAAGUACGGAAGACGUCCAAUACUUUUAUUCGGUCUUUCUGGAAUUACUAUAUCGUGUUUAUUAUUUGGAUUAAGUAAGAAUUUGGUUUGGGCAAUCAUAACUCGAUCACUUUGUGGGAUGUUAAACGGGAACGCUGGCGUUGCAAAGAGUAUGCUUGGUGAAUUGACUGAUAAAACGAAUCAGGCCAAAGGCUUUUCCGUCUUUGGGUUUUGUUGGGGCCUUGGUGUCAUCUUCGGUCCUAUGAUAGGGGGAUAUUUGUCUAAUCCCGUAGAUAAGUAUCCUAACAUCUUUGGCAAUUGCGCUUUUCUUAAAGAAUAUCCUUAUUUCCUUCCAUGUUUAGUGGCCGCUUCUGUUAGUUUUACUGGGCUUAUCAUAGGAUAUUUUAUGUUGCCGGAAACCCGAAAAUUUAAAGUUAAAGAUGAUGAUGAUGAGAGCAGAACUCGUCUUAUUCCACCCGAACCUAAUCCGAUCAAGAAAUCAUAUGGUACAGUUGGUCAUCGUGAUCAUACUUUACAAGACGAUUGUAUCUCUGAAUAUG